AUGCAAUAACUUUUGAAAAAAUUCUUGCUUACUAUUUGUAAAGGGGAGAAAAGUAUCGAGUAUCAAAGAUAAAAAUUGGCAAUGCAUGACAAAUUUGAACCUUUUGCCGCUUUCUAAAGAAUUGAUAGAGAUCAAGAUGGUCUUAUUAGCUCAGUUGAGAUAAUCAGAUUUUUAAGAGACAAUGGGAUUGAAGAGGCAAAUGAAGCCGAUUGCUUUUUAAUUGUGAGAUAUUUUGAUUCAGAUGAAGACGGAUUCUUGAAUUUCUAGGAUUUUCUUUAGCUACUUAUGCCCUGUGACAAUCAAAAUUUAAGAACAGAAUUAGCGAUGAGGCCAAAUUAUCCAGUAUCUGGGUCUUAAUUCCUUGAGAGAGCAAUUGAGGCUGAGCUGACAAAACUAUUUGAAAGGUAAAAUAAAGAUUGUAAUCAUGAAAUUCAAUAUAGAGAGAUAGCUUUCAACAGAGUGACAGAAGAAAUAAGGUAGAGAAUGGACUCUUCUAAAUAAUUUGAUUAUGAAAAAGCUUUCAAUUCGAUUGAUGAUUGGAACUACGGCUAUAUAGAUAGAAAGAAUUUGAAAUCCUUCCUUAAAAAGCAUGGACAUCUAGCGAAGACUGAAGAAGUAAUGGCCAUCAUUAGAAGAAUGGAUCUAGAUGCAGAUGCCAGAUUGAGUAAACAAGAGUUCAUCACUGCUCUGUAGCCUGAGGAACCUUAUAGUAAAGUAAUGAAAAGAUCAUCAUCUAAAUCUGCAUAAAGAGGUGUCCCUUCUUUUGCUAAUGUCAGAAGAAUCUCUGAUAUCUCAAGGUAUAAGUAUAAGCCUGAUGAAUUACUGAAAUUCAAUGACAACCAGAAGGAUGUUAUAAGAACUUUUGCAAUGGAUAGGACUAUUAAAGCUCUUAAUGAGUCAAAAAGUCCUUUGAAAAGUAGACCAUAUAUGUAGAAUAUUGAUGAUCAUCUGUAAUAUGUCUCGCCUAAGACAAUUUAGUUUAGAAGCAGAUAUGAAAGCUUUGCAAGAAAAACUCCAGGCUCUAUUAAAAGCUUCAGAAAUAAGUCUGUUAGAUAAUCAGCGAAAAAGAAGUAGCAUUAGGACGAAUAUUCAGAGACUUUUAUGAUAAGGCCUAAGAAAUAGAAAGGUGGACUAAAAAGUGCCAAUAAAUCAGGCUAAAUUAUGAUUAAAAUGAAAAGUCAUAAGAAAAAAUCAAAGGCAAAAAUAGGAAAUAAUGAGUAAUAGCAAUCAAUAAAAAGAAGAAAAUCAAAAAUUAGACGUGAGGAUGUCUUAAGCUAAAGUUAAAUUGAUCCUCCUAGAACUUACAACUACAAACAAAAGAAUGAAAAUGAUUAUGAGCCUAUAAAUAGAAGUCAUAUUGAUAAAGUAAACUAGUCUUAUACAUCCUCAUUUAAUGACAAAUAGUAAUUAGAUUAAUAGGCAGUACAAAGCUAUGAGAGAGCAGAAAAUUAGCAAGUAUAGAUUAAUAUCGAGACCUAUAAAAGAGAAUCACCACUGAAGAAUGAUUCAAGAGCUUUACAUCAAUCAUAGAAGUCACUUAUAUAUGGAUCUGAACUGAGAAGAAGCUAAAAGACAAAGAUGAACACGAACGACUAUUCCCCUAAGCAUUCUUAUUUAAGAGAGCUAAGAUCAAGCAACAUCAAAGAGUCAGAAGUUUCACCAUUUAGAGAUACUUUUACAAGUCUUAGAAAAAAAGAAAGAUCACUUUAAAGUUCUCCUUCGCUGUCUCCUGGAAAAAUCUAGAUUUAGUCUCUUCGAUAGAAAUAACCAUCUGUUAAAGAGUUUAGAUAGCAAGAAUACUAGCCAUUGAGAGAUAGUCCCCCGAGAUAUUAAGAUCGUUAACCAUUAAGAGAGAGUCCCCUAAGAAAAUAAGGCUACUAGCCACUUCGAGAUAGUCCACCAAGAAUGCAAGGCUACUAAGCACUAAGGAAUAGUCCUCCAAGAUAACAAGAAUACCAAUAGUUAAGAGAGAAAGAAAGUCCUCUGAGAAGAGAAUAGUCACAUGUUAAUCACUACUCUGAAAAAGAAAUUAUAGUGUCAAUCUUGUAAGACUUCAUUCAGCUAGAAAAAUAGUUUGAGAAAUUUAAGAAUGAUAUGAUUGUAAAGCAGGAUUUUAAUUUGAUAGAUGGCUUCGGAAUUCUUGAUCACGAAGGAAAGGGACUUUUGAGAACUUCUGACUUGAGAGAAUCAAUGAUGGAUUUGGGGAAAAGAUUUACUUAAGAUGAAAUCAAGUUAAUUUUUGACAGGUUCAAUAAGGGAAAUGAUGGACUCCUGAAGUACAGUGAGUUCUCAGAAUGUAUGACUCCUGUUGAUACUUAAUAUUUGAAAAUUUUAAGUAAUAAAAAGCUAGCAUAUAUUGGUGGUCCAGGUGUAUGCCCAUUCUAGUUCGAUACUCUAAAUAAAUAUCUAUAAUUCUGGGAGCAAGUAGUUUAGAAUGAGAAAGCUGUAGAUAACUUAAGAUAGAGACUAGCCAUUAGAUAUAGGAUAGAUGCCAGAAUUGCAUUCUAAAUUUGUGAUAUUUAUCGUGAUGACUACCUCACAUAACAAGAAGUAUUAAAACAUAAUUUUUAAUCGAUAUAGGUUCGAUAAUUCAUGAAUGAUGGAGGAUAAAAUGUAACUAUGGAUGAUGUUCAAUUGUUGUUUAAUAGAUUCGACAAAAACAGAUACGGAAAAAUCAGUUUUAAAGAGGUAAGAUUUUUAUAUCUAUCAAACCCAUUAAUAGUUUGA